AGUUGUAAAUCUCUCAUGUAGCUUCAUACUAGUGACCCCCAAGCAUCACUCCCUACGCCGAUGCUAACUAUGAUCGUUUUUGUUAUGUAGGAUAAACUAGAGGGUUGAACAGCAGCGCGUCAGAGUAAUUUUGUUUAUUUUAGGGAAUUGUUCUCACAGUUCAAUCCUGCAGCUGGUACCGCAAGCCCACACAUAGAUACCAGACCUCAGGUGCAGACAGGUAGCAGGCUAACUAGCUUUAGCUCGUCCUGGCUUAGUUUAGUGGGUUUUCGUAGACUAAAUCCAGCAGAAUGGACCUGUUUGACGAUCUACCAGAACCAACACAGACCUGCGGUGAGUCCUGAUACAUUUACACUGAAGUAUCGACCUGAAAAUGAGGCACCGAGGAUUCUGCAGUUCAUCUGUAAUAAUACUGUGGUUAUUUUAUUAAUUUCCACUGUAAAAUAUGAGUUUAUUAUCAGGCUCCAUUACCCUGAUUCACUCUGUUUAGGUUCUUUUUCUAGACUGUACUCUAUUGUACAGCUAAAUCAUGAUAAAUAUCAUUAUCAGGAUUGUUUGAUCUAUAUUGUUUUCAUGAUUAUUAGAAAGAUUACCCAGGAUUUAACAUCUGCAUCGCACACGUUUCAGCAAAGGUUAAAACUCUAAAUUCUGAAAAAAAUACGCAAUAAGUGGAAAAAUAAAUAGGUUACUUAAUUUAUUUAGUAAAGAACCAUGUUUCAUUUUUGAAGUCUGACAGUUUCAACUCGACCACACUCGUUAUCUCUACAGCCUCUCUCCUUGUACUCAUUCUGUCUGCCUCCACCUGCCCCUCUCCCUGCUCUCCUCUCCUCACCUGCCUCCUCUUGCUCUUCUCCCUGCUCUUCUCUCUCUUCGGGCCUCCUGUGUGCUUCAUCAUAGCUACAACACAUGACUGAGACCCUUAAAGACCCUUAAAUCCCAGACUUUUCAUACAUUGUGAGCAUUCUGUGGUACUGAAACCUGCGAAAAACGCUGCUGUAUAAAUAAAGUUUACUUACUACUUACUUACUUACUUACCCAUCAUCCUGUUUGGUUUGAUUCCUGCGCAGGUCCAGUUUCAGCUGCACCACCAAAGUCCACCAAAGAACAAGAUCACAGGGAGGAGGAGGGGAAUCGAUUAAAAAGAAAGCAUAAGGAUGAGGAGGGUCACAAUGACAAAGACAUAGAGGAUGAAGAGGAGGAGCGGGGGGAGGUCAAGAAAGUUUGUAAAGAAGGUUUUCAGCUCUUCCACCACAAUGUUUGUUUGCUCCUUUUCCUCAUUUUCCUCUCUGAGUUGCUUUAAUUAUGUCCUGAUGACAAGUACCAGGACUGACAUCUGUGUUGUGGUCCAGGCCUCCCUGUGCUGAAAGGCUUUGUGGCGGCGAGACGAGGAGAGCGGGAAGAGAUGCAGGACGCACACGUGUUGCUGCCGGACAUGAGCAUCGAUCUGUCCUCUCUGCUGGGACAAGUGUAAGACCUCAAACACUCAGCUUUCAAACAUGGAGGUGAGUGGUCUGUGAUGUGUUCCGUGUAUCUCUGCAGGUCUCGAGUUUCGUACUUCGCAGUUUUUGACGGUCAUGGUGGAGCUCGAGCGUCUCGAUUUGCAGCGGAGAAUCUCCACCACAACCUGGCCAAGAAGUUCCCCAGUGGUGAGUUUGAAAAGCUGCUUUGAUUUUUCACUGCUGGUCCUCUCAUUGGUUAAAGUAUUGUUUUGUUUGAUGGUGGCGUCAAAAGAAACUACUUAAAGGGAUAUUGUACUUUAACUUUGAUCAGAUUUUCUUUUUUUAUCCAACUGUGAAUUUGAAGCUUAUUGAAUGUGAUGUUUGAUUUCUCUGCAUCAUUGAGCCAAGUCAUCUCUUCUAGGAGAAAAAGAGAAUCUGGACAAGCUGAUAAAGAAAUGUCUCUUGGACACUUUUCGGCAGACGGAUGAGGACUUUUUGAAGAAAGCCUCAAGCCAGUAAGACAAUUACAUUUUUAAUUAUGAACCAUAAACCCACAUAGAAAUCAGACAUCACAACUUGUCUUCACUCACUUAAAAUGCAGUUCAUAUGAUGAAAUGGUAAAAAGAUUCCUAAAAAAAACACAGUAAGCAACAAUAAACCAUAUGUUUAUUAAUGUUGUUAAUUAUUCCCCAAAAGAAACGUGACAGUGAAUAAGAGAAGUCAUUGAUUUCUCCUGUAGAUGCUGGUCUGACUGCAAACAGGAGCUUCAGGAUAAUCCAGUUCAUUGAACAGAGAGUUUUUGAUGCUGAAAAGUUGUAUUUCUCAGCUUCCUCACUGGAUUUAUGCUACAGUUUCAGAUUCAAAUCUCCCUGAUUUACAGAAACAACAUUUCAUUUUUCUCAUCGAGGUUUGUUGCACUUUGCAGUAGAUCCUCUCUCAGCCUGUUAAAGCUCUCAUGUGACGUUAUCUUGUUCUCCACAUGCUGAAGUUGUAUCAUCUGACGUGAAAACCUCAGUCUGCUGACUCUUGACAAUCAAAUGUUUCAUUUAUUGUGUGUAUUUUGGGGGAAAUUGUAAAGAUGGGGUUGUUUUUACAGCUGCAUGGCUGACUCCUACCCCCUGGCAACAGUUUCAGGCUCUAAAAUGAUGAAGUGAAAGUGGUCGGUCUUGUUGCUGAUGGUCUUGUUUGCCUUCCUAUAUCAUGAAAAGGCAUUUAUGUAAGUUUCAGUCUCAUAUAUGAAUAUUAAAAAGCUCUUACUGGAGCUUUAACUCACCUUAAUGAAAAAACAGGUGAUGCAUAAGAGAAACCCUACAGAGUUGAAGCAGUAGAGUAGCUUUUUGAGUUUUCCCCCAAUGCAUGCAUUGAAAGUCCCUUCACCUGAAACAAGAAACACUGACGUGCAUACAAGAGUAAAUGUAGGUCUUGAAUAGAGCUGUUGAAGGAAGCUGUUUUGUGCAGCGUGAGUCUAAUCUAUGUGUCUGUGUAACAGGAAACCAGUGUGGAAGGAUGGCUCCACGGCCACCUGUGUGCUGGUGGUGGACGACAUGGUGUAUGUGGCCAACCUGGGAGACAGCAGGGUACUUUCAGAUGAUAUUCACUUCAUCUCCUCAGCUGUAAAGUCAGUCACACACGUGUGUCAAAGUUUUUGUGAUUACAUGUCUGGGUUUGUGUGUGUGCAGGCGGUGCUGUGCCGGGUGGAGGCAUCAGCAGACGGUCAGAAGAGGUCGGUGACUCUAGCUCUGAGUAAAGAACACAACCCUACCAUCUACGAGGAGAGGAUGAGGAUCCAGAGAGCAGGAGGCACCGUCAGGUAAGCCCCACCCACCUCCACAUCAACAGCAACCCUGCUGAGCUGUAAGGGGUUCAGGUGUGAGGAGGAUGUUAAAGGUCUUUGUUCCUCUGAAAAAGAAAGCAGCUUUAUUCAUCCCUCUCUAUAGCCCAAUUCAUUUGUAUAUAGCUGCGGCUGUGCUUUUUCAAGAAGCUUCAGAUUUCAGUCAGUAAAUGUAACAUGGAAGAGAAACAGAUACUUCUUGAGACAGACUCUUACUAAACUGUUGACUGUGUUUGUCAGAGACGGCAGGGUGCUGGGCGUCCUCGAAGUGUCUCGCUCUAUUGGGGACGGUCAGUACAAACGCUGUGGAGUCAUUUCCACCCCCGACCUGAGAAGGAUCCAGCUCACACCCAAUGACAGGCAAGAACGUGACCACAGACCAUCACCACAUCUGUGAAGAGCGAAUCAUACAGGUUUUAGCAUGAUCAGAGAGGAGACUUCAUAUUCAGAGGAUGAUAUCUCAGCUCUCAGUUAAAGCGAAAAGGUCCUCCUUUUUUUCAAACUCAGACAUCCAGACUGACACCACGCUCUAGUCUGUUUAGUAAAUCUAAAGCUACAGCAGGUUAGCUUAGAAAUGUUCAGCGUAAUUGUGGUCACAUCAUGUUCAGAGCCAGCUGAAGUUUCCUGCUGAUGGGGUUUUCUUCUACGUCUUCUCUGCAGGUUCAUUAUCCUGGCCUGUGACGGUUUAUUUAAAGUCUUUUCUGCUGACGAGGCUGUAAAAUUCGUCCUCAACGUCCUGCAGGUUCCUCUCUUUCUUAAAUUUGAUCAACAGCUCUAAACUAUGUUUUCUUUUGUCUUCAAACUUCGUUUUCCUGGAUUGACUUCAUUGUGAAUUAACUCAUAGAUUCUCCUGUUCAGCUUAAUGUGAUUAUUUUAAAAAACUUUUCCCUUCUCUGAAGAUUUUUUUUUUGGUUGCCUAAAAGUCUGAGAGAGACAUCAGAGAGCCGUAAUAAUUUAAAGCUUUUCUUCAUGGUGAUUAUUUGUAUAUUUGUGCAUCACUGUGUCCUAACUCCCUCCUCUUCCUCCCCCUGUCUCCCUCCCAUACAGGAGGGGACUGUGGAGCAGAAGGAGGGGCUGACGGAGGACGAGCUGAGGUUUGAAUCUGCCUGUCAGCAGUUGGCCAGCGAGGCGGUGAGACGAGGCUGUGCCGACAACGUCACUGUGAUCCUGCUCUCUAUUGGCUUCUGAACACAUUCAGCAUCAUCACACACACGCACACACACACACGGAGUGGACCCUGAUACACACUCACACACACACAGCUGAGCAUCUCCUUGUUUUCUGUUUUUCCAAUAAAACUCUUUUUCUUUUUUUCUGCU